UGUUGCCCCUUUUUUGGGUCCCGAUGAUGAUGCAGAUUCCAGAGGAGGAGGACGAUUAUGAAGAGCCUCGGUUUUCUACUGGAUCCAUGUCGUGUUUAUUUCCCAUCCUCCCGAACGGCGAUAGCCCGAGAAAGAAUCUUUCCUACGACAAGCUUCAUCAGCAGCCUCUGAGGCUCGGUGUGCUCAAAUUGGACGGCUCGUCUUUUGAAAUUGAGGUAGCAAAAUCAGGAACAGUUGAGGAGUUGAAGAAGGCAGUGGAGGCGGCUUUCCGCCAUUUGCCAAAGGAGGGGCCUGGUAAAGUUUCAUGGGAACAUGUCUGGGGCCAGUUUUGUCUUUGUCAUGAAGGCCAGAAAUUAGUGGCCGACACUGACCAUAUCAGCUUGUUUGGCAUCAAAGAUGGCGACCAGCUGCAUUUUGUGCAUCAUCCUUCCACUGCCUACAAUUUGGUAAAGAUCCAAUCAGAGAGAGAGGACCCUGAUUCAGAUGACGAACCCUCCUUUUCAGGUGGCCCAAAGCAAAAAAGCGAGAACAAUGUGAGUCACCGGAUAGAAAUUGUGGAAGACAAUCAAGAUGAAAAGGCGGGUUCAGAUGAUGAUGAUGCCGUUUCACGUUGCAAGUACAGGCUACGCAACUUGCUGAGAUGUUGGUUCCCGUAUGAUAAGUUAUCAAACUCCCGUGCAAAAACUGAGGAUGGGAAGGGCAGCCCAUCGAGAGGAGAAACAUCCAAAGGGAAGUAAACCUUGGAGAAAUCAUACACGUCCACAAUUUUUGGAGAUUGCUUGAGUUUAAACAUUUGGCAGAGGAGGUUUUGUACGUACAAAUGCAGAUGCGUUAGUGCUGGGAGGAGUGAAAUUGUUUGUUGCUUCAUUCUUGACCGUGUUUCCGAAGAUAAGUAUCGGUUUUGAGGGGUACAGUAUGAACUUUUCGUCGUCGAGUUCUGCUUGUAUGUUUUUUUACGGGUUUUCUGUGCACGCGUGAGAGAUGUUUUUGAAGCCUUUUGGUUGGUUAGCGAGUCAUGUUGCAUUUUCUUAGCACUACAUGAAUUAAUGAGAGGCGAAAGUAAAUAUUAUUGUUAAUUUAUUGUUAUGAUUCUAUUGUUACUGUCAUUACUGUUCCGUGACUGCUAAUUCGAAACUAUACGGUGCUAAUCACGGUUAUUAUCUGAGGAAACAAUUGCAUAAACGGAAAUGAAAAAUGCAUGCGAGGAACAGAAUAUUGAG